AUGGACCAUAAUAAAUGUCUCUGUGAACGUCAUGCUAUUUUUGAAAACAUUAGAAAUAAACUUAAAGUUGUCUAUAUUCAUAUUUCUGAACUUUUCGAUAUUAUGGAAAAAGCUUCAUUUACGUGCUCCGAAGAAAUGAAAUUAAUGCGUAAAUAUUUGGAAUUAAAUCCAAUGGAGCUUGGUGAAAGAGAAAUGAAAUGUCAUUAUUGUGGAAGUCAUACAGCCAAGAAGAAAUAA